GAGGAGAGGGAAGCGUGCGGCGCGGGAGGGAAGGACCUGCUGCAGCCCUGCCCCAGGUUUGCCUGGAGGACUUCUGAAUGGAAAGCUUGCCAAGUGUCUCUCCUCCUUGACCAGCAGGACCCUGGCCACCACAAGCACGUGGGCCUUUGUGGAGGUGGCGUACAGACCCGGGAGGUCUACUGUGUCCAGAUCACCACAGAACUUGGGGUGCACCGGCUGAAGGAAGUUACUAGACCAGUUGAUGGGAAGCUCUGCCCAGGUCCUGCUCCCUCCCCUUCCCAGCUAUGCAACGUGCCAUGCCCGUCCGAGUGCGUGGUGUCCUCCUGGUCGGCGUGGGGCCCCUGCCUUCCUGAGAACUGCCAGGAAGAACACCAUGGAAGAAGAGGCUUUAGAAUGAGACAGAGGCAAGUGAUUGUGGAUGCGGUAGGCACCCUGGCAGCUUGUCCACAUUUAAUUGAAUCUAUUCCUUGUGAAGACCCAGUGUGUUACGAGUGGAUCGUUUCAGAAGGAUUAUGUGUGACUGACCAUGGAAGAUGUGGGCCUGGAAGCCGCAUCCUGACAGCUGUAUGCAGGAGCAAGAAAGGUGAAGAAGUACCACAUCACCUCUGCUCAGAGCUUCCCCGUCUUGAAGUCGUGGCUUGUGAAGUCCCUUGCCCAACAGACUGUGUCGUCAGCGAGUGGUCCCCGUGGUCCCUGUGUUCCCACUCAUGCUCCAGUAAAAGUGCUGAGGGCAGUCAGAGCCGGAGUAGGGCCAUCUUGGCCCUUCCAGCAGAGGGUGGAAAAGCCUGUCCCCCUGACCGAGCCCUGCAGGAGCACCGUGCCUGUAAUGAUCACCCGUGUGUGCAUUUCUUCUGGGAAACUUCUCCCUGGAGCUCUUGCUUUGAAGACACGCUGGUAACUGCUCUCAAUACAACCAUUAAUUGGAGUGGAGAAGCCACUUGUGGAGUAGGCAUACAGACAAGGAAAGUCUUCUGCAUGAAGAGCAGUUCUGGCCAGGUCACACCUAAAAGAUGUCCAGAGUCCAUCAGACCUGAGACUGUGCGGCCGUGUCUCCUCCUCUGCAAGAAGGACUGCAUUGUUACACCUUUCAGUGAGUGGACUCCCUGCCCAACAGCAUGUCAGCCUGGCAAUGCCACUGCAGUUAAGCAGUCCCGGUACAGGAUUAUCGUUCAGGAUGCUGCCAAUGGGGGACAGGCAUGCCCGGACACCUUGUAUGAGGAAAGGGAAUGUGAAGAUGUUCCUGUCUGUCCAGUGUAUAGGUGGAAGACCCACCGCUGGAGUCACUGUGUGCUGGUGCCAGACUCGGUGAGACAGAGUGUGCCAGGACACAAUGAGGCAUGUGGGCAUGGUUUGCAAUCACGGG